AUGCCCUGCCCGCCUGGCGUCGGGGCUGCAGGAAGGAUGCGAAGCCUGAGCGCGGUGUGGCUGCUGGGGGGCGCCAUCCUGCUGGCGGCCUCUGCUUCCUGCAAUCGCACCGUCCAAGGAACCAAUAGAACGUCUAAAGGAAGAAGUCUCAUUGGUAAGAUUGAUAGCUCAUCUCAAAUCACUGGGAAAGGAGUUACAGUGGAACCAGGCUUUUCUGUGGAUGAGUUUUCUACCUCCGUCCUCACUGGAAAAUUGACUACUGUCUUUCUUCCAAUCGUCUACACAAUUGUAUUUGUGAUAGGUUUGCCAAGUAAUGGCAUGGCCCUAUGGGUCUUUCUUUUCCGAACAAAGAAAAAGCACCCUGCUGUGGUUUACAUGGCCAAUCUAGCCUUGGCAGACCUCCUCUCUGUGAUCUGGUUCCCUUUGAAGAUUGCCUAUCACAUACAUGGCAACAACUGGAUUUACGGGGAAGCCCUCUGCAAGGUACUCAUUGGAUUUUUCUAUGGCAACAUGUACUGUUCCAUUCUCUUCAUGACCUGCCUCAGUGUGCAGAGGUAUUGGGUCAUCGUGAAUCCCAUGGUGCACCCCAGGAAGAAGGCAAACAUUGCCUUUGGUGUCUCCGUGGGGAUAUGGCUGCUGAUUCUGCUGGUUACCAUCCCCUUGUAUGUCGUGAAGCAGACUGUCUACAUUCCAGCCCUUAACAUCACAACCUGCCAUGAUGUUUUGCCUAAGGAGGUGCUGGUAGGAGACAUGUUCAAUUAUUUCCUAUCUCUGGCCAUCGGAGUCUUUUUAUUCCCAGCCUUCCUCACGGCCUCUGCUUAUGUGCUAAUGAUCAGAACACUCCGAUCUUCUGCUAUGGAUGAAAACUCGGGAAAGAAGAGGCAGAGAGCCAUCAAGCUCAUUGUCACCGUCCUGGCCAUGUACCUGGUCUGCUUCACUCCCAGUAACCUUCUGCUUGUGGUGCAUUAUUUCCUGAUUAAAACCUGGAGCCAGAGCCAUGUCUACGCCCUGUACAUUGUAGCCCUCUGCCUCUCCACCCUCAACAGCUGCAUUGACCCCUUUGUCUAUUACUUUGUUUCACAAGACUUCAGGGAUCAUGCAAAGAAUGCACUCCUUUGUCGAAGUGUUCGUACUGUAAAGCGGAUGCAAGUAUCCCUCACAUCCAAGAAAUUCUCCAGGAAAUCCAGCUCUUACUCUUCAAGUUCAACCAGUGUUAAAACCUCCUAUUGA